AUGGCAAGUUUAACAGUUUUGUUGUGUCGUUCUGGCAAGUGGAACGAUGAGGACAAUUAUAUCGAUUUUUCAAUUGAAGGAAUACUAAUUAAGGAGUAUGCCUCCUUUAAUGAUCUACUUGCUUCAAUUUUUAAUCAACUGGACGAAGCAGUUCAAAGGAAAGGUUCCGAUACAGAUGAUACACUGGCUAUAGAAUUUGUCAAUUCAAGAGAAGCGAUUGGAGUGUUCGAACUCCACAAGGAUUUGAUAAUUUCAAAAACUAAUCAAAAGGAGGUUAUGGCUGGACAAGUUUAUAAGGAUAAGGCUACAUUGAAAGAGGUGAUGGAGAAUUAUGCUAUAGCUCAAAGGUUUCAAUUCCGGGUUGAUCGGUCUAAUGCUGUCAGCUAUGCAUUAUUAUGUAUUUCAGAAGAUUGUGAAUGGAGGUUUAAGGCUUCAAGCAUUAACAAAUCAGAACUAUUCAAGGUGAGAGAAUUCAAUGAUAACCAUACAUGUCCGCUGAAGGACAAGGUGUACGAGCAGCGGCAGGCAAGUAGCAGCCUUAUAGGUGGAAUUAUAAGGCCAAAGCUUACAAACCAUAAGAGGAAAUACACUCCGAGGGAUAUUAUUGAUGAUGUGAAAUCAGAUUUAGGUGUAGAUGUUAGCUACAUGUUGGCGUGGAGGGCUAAAGAAAAGGCAAUGAAUUUUCUGAGAGGUGAACCGGCUGAUUCGUACAAAAAAUUACCAGGAUACUUAUAUACAAUGGAUAUGACAUAUCCAGGUUCCCACAUCAGAAUGGUAAAAUCGCCAAAAAAUGAAUUCAUGUACGUGUAUAUAUCAUUGUAUGCCUUUAUAAGGGGGUUUGAUCAUUGUAGACCAAUUGUUGUUGUGGAUGGAAGUCACCUAAAAUCUUACUACACCGGGACAUUCGUUUCGGCAAGCACGUUGGAUGGUGCAGGUCAUAUAUUGCCACUAGCAUAUGGUGUUAUUGAUUCAGAGAACGAUGCUGCUUGGACGUGGUUCUUUGAGCAAUUCAAGAUAGCAUACGGUGUAAGGGAAAAGAUGUGCAUCAUUUCAGAUAGAAAUGAGAGUAUCAUUAAAUCUGUAUCGAGAGUGUAUCCAAAUAAAUUCAACAAGAGCCAUGCCAAGUUGAGCGAGAUAUACUUCUCGAUGGCAAAAGCAUACAUACAAGCUGAAUUUGACAGUCUGAUGGAGAAGGUGGAGAAGAUAGAUAUUAGGGUGAAAGAAUACUUAGAGUUAGCUGGUUACGAAAAGUGGGCUAGGUUGUAUGCACCUGUUAACAGGGGAUGGACAAUAACGUCAAAUAUUGCUGAGUCAAUCAAUGCUGCACUAGUGGUACCAUCAACUAAAUACUUACAUACGGUUAACGCUGGUGGGAGGAAUUACACAGUCUGCCUGUUAGAGAGAAAAUGUAUUUGUGGGAGGUUCCAAAUUGAUGAAUUGCCAUGCCCACAUGCUUGGGCUGUAUUGAAGAGCAAGUUUCUAAUGCCAGAAGAAUAUUGCUCUAACUAUUACAAACCAAGUACAAUUGUAAUGACAUACGAUGUGCCAGUGUACCCGCUACCGACAAAAAUGACUGGAAUAUACCAGAACAUGUUGCAGAAGAGGUUGUACUACCACCCAAAUGGAAAAGACCUCCUGGAAGGCCAAAGAAGAAGCGCGAUAAACUUUAAGUGA